ACAUAUUGCAUCUACAGCAGGGUGGGCGCCGCAUUCACUUUGGCGCGCUGGAAACGAGGCGUGAGCGCUGCGAAGGCCGCAAGAGCAGGCGAGCGUCGCGGGGGUUCCAUCGACGAAGGUUGCAGGAGGGCGGAGCCUCGAAGAGCGGAUCACCAGUGAGCUCAGCGUUCCCGUGUUAGCAGAACCACUGACACUUUUUGACAAAUUUGCUGUUGAUUGGGCUCGGAAGAGAUUCGCCACAAUGAAUUUACACAAAGAAAGAGAAGAAAGUGCGCAAACUUCCCCAAUGAUCGGCUGAUCGGCUUUUGCGUGAGCGGACAUUUUGGAUGAGUGCGCGCGGCUUUGGUGUGCUGUUUCCAGCGCAGGUCUGCGGUGUAACACAUUUAGAAACGGGAGUGCAUCAAGUGCCUUAAAUGGCGCGAAGUGGUAGUUCAUUUUCCAUCGAUCACAUACUAACCCGAGGACGGGACUCUGGGAUGACCGCUCCUGUCACCCGGGAAUCAGCACAUGUCUACGCACUGGAGGGGGGAGCCGGGUCUAGGAGAGAGGUUUACCCCGGUGUCUCCGCUGUGGAUAGCGGUGAACAGCACAAAAGGGCUCCAUGUGAGCAGAACCAGAGCUCCGAGGGCAGCAGGGUGGUAUCGGGACUGUGCCAGCGACAAGGCGGUGUGUCUGAGGAAUACUCGUGCAGCGACGAGUCAACAGGAGAGGAUCCCGAGUACGAGGACUUGCGCAAAGUUGAGCGCAGACGGUUACCGGACUCGGGCCCGGAGAAGGCGGACGACAGCAGGCCGGAGGAGCAGCCGAGAUCCGCCAAAAAGCGCUCCCGAGCGGCCUUCACUCACGCGCAGGUCUACGAGCUGGAGAGGCGCUUCAACUUGCAGCGGUACCUGUCCGGUCCCGAGCGGGCAGACCUGGCCGGAGCCCUAAAGCUGACAGAGACCCAGGUGAAGAUCUGGUUCCAGAACAGGAGAUACAAAACUAAACGGCGACAGAUGGCGGCCGAGCUGGCAGCCAGUUCCCCCCCAGUCGUAGCCAAGAAAGUGGCAGUGAAGGUGCUGGUGAGGAACGACCAGAGGCAGUACGGACCCGAGGAGCUGAGCGCCUCAUCGUCCGGCGCUUCCCUGUUCCGGGCCUAUCAGUACUAUUACCCGUACGUGUACUGCUUACAGCCCUGGAUUUCAGACACUGCGCUUUGUGCAGGGAUGCGCUGAAGGAGCGGGUUGAGUGACACAGGAAGACGAGCACAGCAACUCUAACUCUGCGAGCGCGUACACACCACCUACAGCGUGCGCGCGAGCGCUUCCUCAUAAACACGCCAGUCACCGUGGGCUCUUCGCGCUGCGCAGCGUCACACAUAUGUGUCAUUCAUUGUAUCAUGCCGAGGUAACAAGUGUUCCCUGUUUCCCCAGCGGCGUGAUCAUUCUUCAUUCACCACAAACCAUAAAUUAACAGACUGUUGUUUUUAUUAUGAACAGUGUGUACAAAUAAUACGUAAAGAUACACAUUAGUAACUAUGCACAUGAAUUUUUUGAGUGCAAGUGUUCCUAACAAAAUAGAUACGUGCAACAAAUCGUUUACACAAAGGCUUUUAUGCUUCUUUUUAAGUGAACAUUUUCCGAGAAUUGCAUCAUUCAAAAUUAACGAUAGUCACAUAUUAUUAAGUAACCUCAUGCAGCAGUUAUGCUUGGGCUUCUUGAGUACUUUAUCCAGACACCAAAAGUAGUAUAAACAAAAUGAAAAACAGCCCAGCACCAAGUAUCGACUAUUCUGCAGGGCAAAUAUGGCAACGCUCACAUGGUACUGUAUUACGAAAAAAUGGUCCAAUUGCGUUUUGAAUUUGUGUUUCUGAACAGCUACUUGUAUUUUUUAAUACGCGGAAUAUAACGUGCAAUGGACCCUUACAGGGAGAAUAAAUGUAUUACUUUUUCAUCGAUCCCUUAGUUAUACCGAGUUUGCGUUCCUGAAAUGACCCCGUCAUAAUAUUUUUAGGAAAAUGAUAAAGAAGUUGCAUUUUUAUUUUUACAUGUUUUAAAUACUGCUGCAGUUUUUAUAUGUUUAAACUUGAGAUAUUCUGUAAAACACUGGUGUACACAGACGCACAAACACAGAGGAAGAGGGUCAUGGUUAGGUCUUUGAGAUUUUUAUUGACCAGAUACAGAUUGAGAUUAAUGGCGUUACUAGUCAUGGUUUUGAAUACUAACGAGAUAAUACUACAUAUGAACGUGUUUAACGAUUAUAUGAUAAUAUAAUGUUCAAGUUGAGUUCUUCAAAGUGCUCAUUGAAUUGCGAACUAAUAUGGCUUCUUCAAAAACGUCAAUACCGAUGACAGCUCACUUUUCAGUUAAAAUUAAAAGUAUAUUGCCACUUGUCCAACUCCCUUUCAAGUUUUUGUUCUGUGUCUGAUUUUUCUAAUUCUGGGAAUUUGUAUUUAUAUGUGAGCUGCUUGUGAUAGUUUGAAUAAAAUAAAAACGAAGGCUUGUACUGCCUUUUUUCUGGUCAUAGAUUUGUAGUGCAAAAACUAA